CCGGCGGCCAGAGCGGUGAGUGCAGUCUGACCCAGCGCCUCCAUCUUCAUCCUCCUCCUCCUCCUCCAUCAUCUUCAGCCGCAGCGGCUUCAGCUCCUCCAGCACCUCCUCAAUCAGCACCUCCACCUUAAUAUACAUCUUAAUCUACAGCCUAAUCUACAACCUAAUCUACACCUCCUCCAGCAGGACCUCCACCUCUACAGGAUGGGGAAAAUCCGCUUCCAGCCCGCCGCCCCUAAACAUCAAACGGAGGAGAUCAAUACACACCGCUCCAACACACACACUAACCAGGUGUCAGGUGAGCUGGUGUGGGCGGGGCAAACGCGCUCCUCUCUGAGUGGACUCUGCUGUUUAACCACUGCACUAAUAGUGUUCACCUGCAGCCUCAUCUACGCCUCCGUCUACAUCUACCGCUAUUACAUCAUACCCCAGGCUCCAGAUCAGAGUCGGUUCCACUGCCAUGUUCCGUAUGAGAGUGCGGUGAGCGCCCCCCUGAGGGGAGCCGAGGAGCUGGAGGAGAACGUGGGGAUUUUCCUGCAGGAGAAUUACGAGCAGCUCACCAUCCCCAAGAUCACGACCUCCGACCCCGCCACCAUCAUCCACGACUUCAACCAGGGUCUGACGGCGUAUCAUGACGUGGAGAGGGAUAAGUGCUACAUCACUGAACUGAACUCCACCAUCGUGAUGCCGCCAAGGAACCUGUGGGAACUCCUCAUUAACGUCAAACUCAGAACCCGAAACAAGGGGAUCUACCUGCCGCAGACGUUCGUGGUGAGGGAGGAGCUUGUGGUGACGGGUUUGGUGUCGGACACUCAGGAGCUCGGCGUGUUCAUUCACAGACUCUGUAAAGACAAGGAGACCUUUCACCUCCAGCGCCGGAUCACCCGCCGCCGUAUUUUCAGGCGUGAGCUGCAGAACUGCCGUCCAAUCCGUCACUUUGAGAACACCUUCGUGAUGGAGACUCUGAUCUGUGAAAGUGUGUGAAAGACUGUGUAAGAGAGUGAGAGUGUAUGAGCGUGAAUGCUUAUGAGUAAGUGCGUGUGUAAGAGUAUGAGUAUGUGAAAGUGUGUAUGUGAGAGAGUAAAUGCAUGUGAGUGUGCGCGAGAAUAAGAGUGUGUAAAAGUGCAAGAAUGAGUGUGUGAGUGAGUGUGUGUAUGUGUGAGAGAGAGUAAGUGCUUGUGAGUGUAUGAAAGUGUAAAAGAGUGUUUGUGAGAAUGGGUGUGUGUGACAGUGAAUACAUGUAAAGGUGUGCAUUGUGUGAGUGUGAGAAUGUGUGUGAGUGUGUGUGUGUGAGAGUGAGUGAAAUAUAACACUCUCUGUAACUCUGUAUUUAUUCUCUUCCCCUGCGUGACCUGCAAUUGUUUAUAUUAACACCCACACUUAAGUGUGUGAGAAUGAGUGAGUGAGUGUUUGUGAGUGUGUGAGUGUGUGUGUGAGUGUGUGUGUGUAAGUGUGUGUGUGUAAGUGUGAGUGUGUGUGAGUGAGUGAGUGUUUGUGAGUGUGUGAGUGUGUGUGUGAGUGUGUGUGUGUGUAAGUGUGUGUGUGUAAGUGUGAGUGUGUGUGAGUGAGUGUGUGUGUGUAAAUGUGAGUGAGAGUGUGCAUGCGCUUAUUUAUGUGUUUAGUAAAACUUGAAUCAUAGGUUUUCCUCCUGUAGCUGUUUAUUAUUCAUGUUUUUAAAUAUUAACUGUAGCAACACACACACACCUCACAUCACACACACACAUACACACACACACAUACACACACACCUCACAUCACACACACACAUACACACACACACACAUACACACACCUCACAUCACACACACACAUACACACACACACACACACACACACAUACACACACACCUCACAUCACACACACACAUACACACACACACACAUACACACACCUCACAUCACACACACACAUACACACACACACACACACACACACAUACACACACACCUCACAUCACACACACACAUACACACACACACACAUACACACACCUCACAUCACACACACACAUACACACACACCUCACAUCACACACACACAUACACACACACAUACAUACACAUACACACACACCUCACAUCACACACACACACACACACACACACAUACACACACCUCACAUCACACACACACACACACACACACACACAUACACACACACACAUACACAUACACAUACACACACACA